UGUCCACAAAACUUUUUUUUUAUCGUAUGUAAUACAUACGGUUAUUUACGUGGUUUAUAUUGAUAUAUUCGUUAGUGUAUGAACACUUACGGUAGUUUACAUUGUUUAAUUAUAAUAUUUAUUUGAUUGUAAUUUUUAGUUACGAUUGUUUACAUCUUAGUUGCAAAUUAAAGAUGUAUCUUAUGUAUAAUUUUAUUAAAAUAAACAUGACAAACAGACGUGACUUAAAUGCUAAUGGAAUUACUUACUUGCUAUUUUUAUUUUUUUCAGAUUCACCAUUGCCGGAAGGAGCAGAUUUAUUAGAAAUUGAGGCAAUUUCUAAUAUGAUCAGCUUUGAUGCUGGAACAGAUUUAAGCGACAACAACAAUUUGCCCGCAACUUUAAGUGAUCUCUCGCAGCAUUCACCUGUUCAUAAGAUACCUGACGAUUUAUCACCAAGGUCUUCAGACACACAUUACCCGUCUUCUCCUGAAUGUACUACUAACCAUUUAGAUAUAGAUUGUUGUAAUGAUUUUUGCCCGUACUUUAUUGGUGAUGAGAUACGCGAACCACUGUCUCAACUAUCUAAUUUUACUGGUUAUUCGACACCCCAAGCAAACACGCCGUUAACGUGCUUUAGUGAUGUUACAUCUACCCCCGAUAGAAAAAAGGUAACAAGAAAAGACAAGGGUAACAUUAGAAGACAGCACAAGAAUGAGUGGAUGGAUGUAAAGAGGAAAAAAAAGAUAAAUCUCGGUAAGGCGUACGUGACUCGUAAAGGUAUAUAUAAACCAAAAAAAGAAAUAAAAUCGCCAUGUAAAUGCCGAUUAAAAUGUUUCGAAAAAAUAUCAACUGACCAAAGAAAAGCAAUUUUUGAGGCUUUCUGGAAAUUAGGCGAUCAUCAUAAGCAAUGGAUUUAUGUAUCCAACCUGGUAAGCCAAAAUCAUAAGCGUAGAGUUUAUGUUGAUACCCAGUCCCGGCGAAAAUAUACCAUGAAAUAUAGAUUACCUCUUCCCGAUUCAGAUAGUUCAGAUGAAAAUAACUUGAUAGUUUGCAAAAAACAGUUCUUAUCUACGUUGUCAAUCAGUGAACAAUUUGUUUACACAGCAAUACAGAAGACAGACUCUUCAACAGGUACUGUUACUACUGAUAAUCGAGGCAAGCACCAAAAUCAUCCUUGCAAAAUGUCUGCUGAUGUCAAGAAAAGUGUAUGUGACCAUAUUGAAUGCUUGCAACCAGUAGAGUCCCAUUAUACUCGAAAGGAUAACUCUAAAUUAUACUUAGAUAGUGAUUUAAACUUUCAUAAGCUCUUCGUUAUGUACAAUGAAUGGUUUGAUCCUAUUAUUUACCAAUGUAAAGCGGAAACAGAGCGUCAAUAUAAAACUAUUGUAAACGAUAGCUUUAAGCUCAGUUUUUUUAAACCUAAGAAGGAUCAAUGUGACGUAUGUCACAAAUAUAAGAUCAGUGAAUCUCGCACUGAGAUGGAUCGUGAAACUUAUGCCAAUCAUAUUAUUAAUAAAAAUACGGCACGUGGUUUAAAGACUGCAGAUAAAAAGGAGGCUAUAUCUUCAGGUGGCAAAAUAGUCGCUGCCACGUUUGAUUUUCAAAAAGUACUGAUUUGCCCUUAUGGUGAAAUAAGCGUAUUUUAUUAUAAACGAAAAUUAGCUACCAUGAAUUUUACCGUGUUCAAUUUAGCCCCAAGAACAGCGACUUGCUACAUGUGGCAUGAGGCAGAAGGUAAACGAGGUGCGAAUGAGGUAUCAAGUUGUCUGUCAGAUUUCAUAUCUAAAGGAGUAGAUGCAGGGGCAGUUGAAUUUAGAUUUUGGUCAGAUAAUGCCACAGGGCAAAACCGGAAUAGAAUAGUUUUCGCAGCUUACAUGUUGCUAGCCCAAAAAUAUAAUGUUAUCAUUAAACAUACAUUUUUGGAAAAAGGACAUACGCAACAAGAAGGAGAUAGUGUACAUGCAUUAAUUGAAAGAUCUGCCAAAAAUAAAUGUAUCUAUACUCCUUUGGAAUGGUUUGCAUUAGUGCGAUGGGCUAAGCAAGACGGAAAACCGUACAAUGUUGUUGAGAUGGAUCAUACCAAGUUUUUAGAUUAUAAAUCAAUUUUAGCCUCUAAAAAUUGGGCUAAAAAUACAAACGGAGAAGUAGUUCAAUGGACAAAGAUAAAAGAAGUAAAGGUUUUUCCUUCUGAUCCCAAUAAACUUCUUUAUAAAUAUAAUUUAGAUGAGUCUCAAUACAUGACUAUUGUUACUAGAACGAAUACUAGACGACGACAGCAAGAUAACACUAAUAUUCCCCCUCUUUAUGAUGAUGUACUGCCCAUAUCUUUAGCUAAAAAGAAUGACCUGAUAAGUCUUUGCAAUAGUGGAAUCAUUCCAGCAGUUCAUCAUAACUUUUACCAAAGUCUUUCUGUAAUUUCCCAUAAUGCUAUUCGUAACACUGAUACUGAUUCAGAUUAA